CGUGCGUUGUUGUGUCCUUGGCGGGAUGUACGCAUGUACGCUGAGCAUCAAUUUUCGUAAUCGAUUCGAAAUUGCUUGAUUGAUUCAUGAAGUAGUAUCGACAGAGAUAAAUGUUCCCAAUCGAUCGAUUAAUUUUUCUGCGACCGGAGCAGUUUGUUACAAUCUUGAGAGGCAGUUGUGGCGCGCCGGGCAGUCGACCCAAAAGUAGCCGAAGGAAAUCCUAGAAAUGAAAAUUGCAGUCCGAAGGAAAGCAAGAAAUUAAAGUUGCAUUGUGAAAGUGAGACAUGAUUUCACGCUCACGAAAGGAGUGACAUAUUAGAAUUAUGUCACAAUGUCAGUUACAAUGGAGUGCGGUAACCCAUCCUAGUGUGGCGAGCGGGGAAAACGGAGUCAACAAAUUACGUCGUGAUGCUUGCCUGCGUGUGAUAAGAUACUAUACACAUUCGGUCAAGCCUAGUGAGCGUGGAAAGGUCGCCUCAACGUGCAGUGCAUGUCAUUUGUGCGACUGGGAACAUGUUAAGGCACUUCGAAAAUGUUCAAUGGGUCUGGAAACGAUUCUCUAGUAUUGUCAGAAGAGGCACUUCAAGCAAGACUUUCUUUCAGCAGUGUUGUAACUGUGCAAAAGAUGCAAGAUGGAUGUGGCAAUGCGGUUGCCCCAGCCCUUGGACUUUGUCCGGGACACGUACGAGAGGCUUUCUCAAGACAUGGCCUGGUUUGGCUGUGAGCGAGUCAUCGAUGUCAGCUGCUGGUUUGGGCAGAUCACUAGACAGGUGCUGCAGCCUCUGUGUGAGUCACGGCAUGCACACAUUGUUGCGAUAGACAGAGCGCCAGAAGCCAUUGAACUGGCUCAGUUACGUUUUCCACAUCGAGACAUUGACUACCGUGCGGCAGACAUAUCAACCAGGCAGAGUACUCCUUCGGAUCUGUAUAACAGUUUCACCAAGGCGUUCCACUUUGGCAGCCCUCUUCGGACUCAGGAACAGUACUGUGCUCUAGAUGUGGUCCCCUGGCUGUUGGCAGAUGGUGCAGAAUGCAUCUUCUUGAUUCCUCUCAACUGCUGUGUCUUUCCUGUCAUCACCAAAUUGGCUGUGUGUGACACUUGGAAGGGGUACAUGCUCGAGCAUGACCACUUGAUACCGUGUCAGUACUCGUGGCAAGAUCCACUGCGCACUUUCCAGUCUAAAUCUGAGAAGAAUGGGCUAAGAGUGAAAACAGUGGAGACAAUGCCCACUAGUGUUACCUUCCAGAGCAGAGCUGAGUUCAAAGACUACCUGCGCCUCACCAUCCCUUUUGUUACACGAAUUCCCGCUGAGAAAAGGCCCCAGUUCCUGGACAACGCUUUUGAUCUGGCGAUCCGUAGUGGCGCAUUUGAUGAGAAGGAUGGGACAGUGGUGCACGAAAUGAAUUUUCUAGCUGGUCUUUGCAAGAAAGUACGAGAUGUAUGAUAUCUGUUUCAACAAGAGCUUUGUACAGAAUGCAGGAGGGAUUAAAAUACUUUUCAAGGUG